GAACUUGAGUCUGGCGUAUCUCGUGCCGGCUGGACUAGUGGCUUUUCAUUGGCACAUGUGCUAGUUAGGGAGUAAACUUUCAAGAUGGCGGUGCGGUGGGGCGCAGGCGAGGAUACGUUAACGGCAUGCAAUAUGGAUUUUUUCCCGUUGGAUACACUCGGCGAGCCUGCUGAAUUGUGCUCUGGAGAAACACCAGAGGUUCUUCAAAACUGCUUGGACCCCUCUAUUUUAUCUAUUUUUGAUGACACACUGUCAAUAGAGAAUAAAGGACUAGACGAGGCUGGUGAAUCUACGCUUUUAACCGCUCUGGCAGAGAUCCUCGACAGUAUGGAUGAUGAGAACCCCUCCCCAUUUGACACGUUGCCUGAAUCAGAUCUGCUGUCUGGUCUUGGCAGGGAACACUCGCCGCACAGGAGAUCACUCUGUUUACCACGGUACCAUUCAGAGAAAGCCUCAUUUAAUUCAAGACCACUAUCAACUGGAAAGAACCUCCCCAAGAUGACAAGAGACUCCCUGCAGAGAAGUGAUGGGGAGGAAGAUGAUGUUGGCUCUCUUACCUUGAGCCCUCUAAGGCCAACUUUACCUUCUGACUGCACUUUGUCAGGCAGGGGUGGCCUUACCAUCCCGUUCCCUGCCAUUGUUGAGCAGGAGAGUGGUGCCAGUCUUUCAGUCAGCCUGUGUGACUUUGUCAAACACAUGCAUUCCUACUGCAGGACUGUUUGCAUGGAAGAUGCUAAGGGCAUGGAGAUGUUGCCCGAAGAAAAGAUUGCAAUUGAGGCGUUCAAACAGGGUGCAAAUGGAGAGAUCUUAGACACACAAGACCCCCCAGUUAUUCAACCAAUUGAACAGUCUACAAAAAAAGUGAUAAUGGAAGAAGAAAUAGGUUCUGACAGCUCAGAGCAUAUAGUUGUUGACGAUGAUGAUGAAGAUGAAGCAUUCUGUCAGGAUCCAAAGAUACUUUCUGGCUUGGUUUCAAAAGAGAAAGAUAACAUUUUGAUUAACAUGCAGAAGGAAGAUUCUAUAGUGAGAAGACCAUCACGUAGAAAAAGAAAAAAGAAAUGUAAGAAAAAUCGUCCACCGGUCCAAAGAGUCCUUAGGAGUGCUACAAUGAGAGACCGAAAUUCACUCCAAAGGACAGAAAUAAAGCAACUCAAGAGACAGAAGAAAAAUAAAAUGCCGAAGUCCCCAGCUGGUCUUGCACAAUUCUCUGUAAAACCUAAAGAAAUAACCUUGCAACAAAAGGAAUCCCAACCAGGAAUGACCACUCUUACUCCUAAAUCUAAUGUGAAAGCUGUUAGGUGUGUGUCGCCACAGGCGACAGGACUUUUAAAAUGUGGCAUGCCUAAAAGUGAGUCCCCAACAGUCUCCUCCCAGGAGCCAGAUAAAAUGUCCAAACAGGUGUUGCAAGCUCCUGGUGAGCACUCCAGUCAACUAUCUUUGGUGUCUCCUAGCGAACAAGCGUCUGCUGGAAACACAUCAUCGACUUUAGUUAACUCUCUUCCGCAUGCAGCCACUGCCCAUCCUGAGCCAAAGCCUAAGUCCCUCAGUCUGGCAGAGUAUCGACAACUCCGGCUGCAGAAGAAGCCUGUUGUGGUGGAAAUGCAAAGCGACAACAGCACCAAGUGGCCCACCCUUCCCGAACUGCCCAAAGAAUUGCCCGCCAUCCCCUGCCUGACCCAAACCAGUUCGAGAGAUCCUCGCCGGUCCACCUUCAAGACUGCAAAGGAGGUAGCUGAGGUCAAACCUGCCUGGCAACCAUGGGGACCAUGUGCCCCAGCCACACCUGAAGCGCUUUUAGUACCACCAGCUUAUAUCGUCGCAUCAACUAAGACUGCGAAUGCAGUCCCUACACAAGCAAAAUUGUUCAAAGGAGUAUUGACUUCAAAGCCAAAUGUGCCUAAAAAAAAUUCUGCUGAUACUCUUCAUUCUGUCAUGAACCGCAACCCUGAAUGGAAGCCUGUGAACCUAUCAAAAGACAAGUGUCCAAAACUGGCAGAAGAAAUGACUGAAGUCACUGAGAAUCCUCUACAGUUGGCCAAAGACACUUCAAAGGCCAUCCAGUGCAACUCUGCUUCUACCGCUCCUCUUCCCACUCCCCUGCAGGAGACCCCACAUUGCCAGAAUGUUCCAAAGGUCGUAUCUCACUCCACCCAUUCGUCAAACGAUCACAACACUUCUAUAAAAGCCUCGAUAACGAACACCAAGCUCUGUUCAACUCCUUUAAUUUAUCCCUUGAAUUCCCAAAGUCUGAACUCCAAACAUUUUGCGUGUAAACCGAAACCACAAGUCACGACACCAGCAGGAGCUCCGAAGGCAAAGAGCCCCACACAGGAGCUGAUUGAGUCUUUCACCACUGAGAUGGGUAUUGAGGCAGCUGAUCUAACCAGCCUUUUAGAGCAGUUUGAGGAAACUCAAGCCAAAGAACAACAAAGUGUACCGGAGGUCUAUGGUAGAGCAGCAGCUGUAGGAAACUCUAGUGCGGAAUUUGCACGUGAGAGAAUGGUUGUGGAGCGUGUCAGAGCCAACGACCUUUCAAGCCCUGCAGCUUUGACUCCUCCAGCCACUCCUCCACAUCAGAUGUGGAAACCUUUAACUCCUAUUAACCUGUUGGGAAAGGCCAAAGCUUCACAGUCAUCCAAAACGAACCCUUCCAAGGCUAUUCAAAUAGAGGCUCGUCCUUUGACCUCAGCGAGAUUAUACGUCAAGCCCACCGUGGCUGCUGCCACUGUGCCUUAUGAUAUUGUGUGCAUGGAUCAUGACUACUGCUUGCCCACUAGGGACGAUGCUUCUACAGGCAAAGCAGACAAAUGCUUGAAAGUGAAACAGCAGAUUACAAUUAAACUCAUCCAACACCCUGCUGCAGCCAAUACAACACCAGCAUGUGUCCAGGCCACCACCUGCCAAUCAAACCCCAGCAUGGAAGUCUCAUCCUCACCUCCAGAGGGUCUGGAUAAUGGCAUUAAUAGGAUGGGGCAAUCCUCUGUUCUGGAGACACCCGAAGCUUCUCCAACUCGUGAGGAGAGCGAAUCGACCGAAAGUACUCCUCGAAAAAGGUCUGUUGAGAGGUAUCGUCAGCACAGUGCCUCUCGCAGUCCCAGCCCCAAACGGAGAGGGCAAAAACGAAGAUCCCGACGUUCUCCAUCUGUGUCAAGCAGCUCAGAAUCAGAUUCCUACUUGUCGAGAUCUCCGUUGCCAUCCAAGAAAAGGUUUCGUAAUAGAUCUGGAUCUUCAUCCCGGUCCUCUUCUCUGUCUUCCGUCUCACGCUCUCCUUCCAGGAAGAGAAAAUACUCAUAUUCUUCUUCGAACUCCAGUUCUCGGAGUCGCUCAAGAUCCCGGUCUCAUUCUCCCCAAAGACGAGUGCCGUGGAGGCGAACAAAGACAGUUUAUAGUUCUUCAUAUCGGGGUACUUAUGGAUACUCUGCUGACAAUGUGAAGUCUCGCAAGGACAAAGCCAUUGAGGAGAGGCGGGUAGUUUACAUUGGUCGGAUUCGGGGCACAAUGACCCAAAGGGAGCUCAGAGAGCGUUUCUCAUAUUUUGGUGAGGUGGAAGAUUGUACUCUGCACUUUAGGGAACAUGGGGACAACUACGGGUUUGUGACAUACUACGAUACCAAGGAUGCCUUUACCGCCAUUGAGAAUGGAAGCAAGCUGCGUAAGCCAGACGAGCUGCCAUUUGAGCUGUGCUUUGGUGGAAGACGGCAGUUCUGCAAAACCACCUAUGCUGACCUAGAUUCUAGCAGAGACUAUGACCCGGCAUCAGCAAAUGGCAAGAUGAAGACACUAGACUUCGACACUUUACUGAAACAGGCCCAGCGGAGUCUGAGGAGGUAACAGGAGGCCUGCCGUAGGAAGCAGUAAACAUUUACCACAAGGGCAAAAUGUCUUCUUAGUUUGUUGUGGCUUUAGGUUUAUUUUAUUUUUUUAAAUUUAUUUUGUUUGGACGAGUCUAAUACCUUCUAUUGAAGAGAUUUAUAAUUAAAUGAGUAAAAUAAGUUGAAAAAAAGUGGAAUGUGACAAAUCUUUUUAUUUUAAAGUGUGAAAACAAAAUGUAUGUAGAGAAUCACUUUUAAAGGGAACAACAAAAAGGGCUCCCUAAAUGUUGGGAGAGGAUGUGCUACAAGACCUCAAUAAAAGCUUGAACAUGAAAUGUCUU